AUGAUCCCAACAGUGGGGAGGAGCGGGAGGCUGAUCUUCUGUGUCAGCCUCGCCAGCCUCGCCCUGCUUUGGAGCUGCCGCCUGCCUCGUCUCUGUAUCUUUGACCAAUUCUCUGGGGGUCAGGUCAUCAUCGGCGGGCCGGAUCUCUCUGCUCCGGAUGCACCUUUUAUCUCGUGGCCACUGGCCCGCGUCUGCACCGAGACAACCAGGUGGACACCGGGCCUGGUGUUCCUCUGUGAUAACAACUCUGGUGGCAUCGGAAAUAUAAGAAACUUCAUACUCACGUGCCUCCGAUAUGCCAUCGAGGCCGGCGCCACAGGCAUCACCAUGCCGACGAUCCAGACGAGGUCGCCCAGCCGGCUAGAUGACCUGUUCAUCGGCAAGAAGCUGCCCUUUUCCUACUUUUUCGAUGAGGAGCACUUCCGCCAGAGCUUACACGCCGCCUGUCCCCAGAUAACCAUCUACGACGCGCCUGAGGACAUACCAGGCUUAGACAUGGGCAACGAAGGUGAAGAAGAGGGACGCAGGGGCGAUGUGAGGCCCGACAUGAUCACGCCUAACCGUCUGGGCCAGAGAGGCGGUUGUGACCAGCGCGAUCUCAACCGCCACGCCGACCUCUUUGGUCCCCGGUUGCACGCCUGGCUGGGCGAGAAACAGGAGCGGCUCAGCCAGGACCCCAUCAGCCCGUCCAACCCGAAGCUGAUCCGCUUCAACUGGGGCGUGCAGUGGACGUUUCCCGUGUACCGAGACGGGCCCGAGUUCGUCGCCACGUUUGGUGGGUUGCUCAGAUUUCGCGCCGAUAUCCUGGAGCUGGGCUACAAGACGGUUGCGGCCAUGAAUUCACUGGCCGCCCUGUCCGCCUCGCAUCCGACUACGCCAGAACAGACAGAAGAAGAAGAAGAAGAAAAGAAAGAAGCCGCCAAUAAUGCAUCUUCUUCCUUCAUCGGCAUCCACCUGCGCACCGAGAGCGACGCCCUGAGCAGCUGGCCCUCGUUUCACGACCAGACCAGCGCCUAUCUCGCCAGGGCGUCCACGCUGCGUUCCCCGCCGCCCAGGUUCGCGUACCUGGCCACGGGGAACGCGACUGAGGCGGCCCGACUCGCCUCUCUCGCGCUGGAGGAGCACGGCCUGCGCGUCCUGACCAAGCACGAGCUCCUGGCUGGCCAAAAGGAGGGGGAGGAGGAGGAGAGCCGGGACCUGCUGGAGCGGCUGGGGGCUCUGAGCUGGGACCAGCAGGCCCUGGUGGACUUUGUGGUGCUGCUGCAGGCUGAGUACUUCCUGGGCGUGAGUCCUAGCUCUUUUAGCCUGAAUGUUGCGCUGAAGAGGCAUCUGAAGCAUGACGGGCUCUACACGAGGCCUUGGAGGGUUGGUGUUGAGGGGGGUGAUGGGAGGAGCUGGCUUGUGGGCAGGUUUGAUGGAUACUGGGAUGACUGGUUGUUCAUGUACGACUCUCUGUGGCCUUGA